GGCAUGAGGCAGGCGACGCGGCGCCUGUGAGCAGCGCGCGGCGGCGGCGGGGACCUCGGCGCGGGCGAGAGCCGAGCGGCCGGGGACUCCCCUCCCCCGCUGCCGGGCCGUGAUUUGCCGGGCCUGCUGCGCCCCCCGCCCACCCCUCGCCUCAGCCGCCGCCUCGCCGCUUCCCCUCGUCGGAGCGGCCGCUCGUCCGCCCGCCCGCUCGAGGCCCGCGGGGAGCGCGGCGCAGUCCGUCGGCCCGCGGGGGGGCGGCCUCCCGGCAUCUUCGCGGCGACCAAGGACGACCGGGGGAGGAAGCGGCCGGGAUGGCGCGUCCGCGGCCCCGCGAGUACAAGGCGGGCGACCUGGUCUUCGCCAAGAUGAAGGGCUACCCGCACUGGCCGGCCCGGAUUGAUGAACUCCCAGAGGGAGCUGUGAAGCCUCCAGCAAACAAAUAUCCUAUCUUCUUUUUUGGCACCCAUGAAACUGCAUUUUUAGGUCCCAAAGACCUUUUUCCAUAUAAGGAAUACAAAGACAAGUUUGGAAAGUCAAACAAACGGAAAGGAUUUAAUGAAGGAUUGUGGGAAAUAGAGAAUAACCCAGGAGUGAAGUUCACUGGAUACCAGGCAAUUCAGCAACAGAGCUCCUCGGAAACGGAGGGAGAAGGUGGAAAUACUGCAGAUGCGAGCAGUGAGGAGGAAGGGGAUAGAGUGGAAGAGGAUGGAAAAGGCAAAAGAAAGAAUGAAAAAGCAGGCUCUAAACGGAAAAAGUCCUACACUUCGAAGAAAUCCUCUAAACAGUCCCGGAAGUCUCCAGGAGAUGAAGAUGACAAGGACUGCAAAGAAGAGGAGAACAAAAGCAGCUCCGAGGGCGGAGACGCCGGCAACGACACAAGAAACACAACUUCAGACUUGCAGAAAACCAGUGAAGGGACCUAACUACCAUAAUGAAUGCUGCAUAUUAAGAGAAACCACAAGAAGGUUAUACAUUUGGUUGUCUAAUAAUCUUGGAUUUGAUAUGAACCAACACAUACUCCUUGUUGUCAUUGACAGAACCCCAGUUUGUAUGUACAUUAUUCACACUCCUCUCUGUUGUGUUUGGGGGAAAAAAAAGACAUUUUAGCCUUUUUUAAGGUUAUUUAAUUUCAUGUUAUUUGGUUGCAUGAAGUUGCCCUUAACCACUAAGGAUUAUCAAGAUUUUUGCACACACUUCUACAUGUCUAGGAUCCUUUUCUCAAGGCGGCUGUGUUCAUCAUUCUCCUGCCUUGACUCCACUAUCACCAGAGGCUCAGUUAAAGAUAAAUUAGCAUUUUCUUAAAAUGACCACUCCACAUAAUGCUUAAGGGAUUUCUUCUCUGUGACAGAACCCAGGAACCAGUUCCUAAACACAUAACGUUGGCAUAUUGAAGAUAAAAUUGAAAUUGUCCUUCAGUUUUGAGGCCAUGUGUAAAGUUUAACCAUAUUGUAAAAUAUCUAUUCCGUAUUAGAAAUAGCUAGUCAACAGCUUAUACUUCUCAAAACUCAUCCUGUUAUGUACACAAACUCAGUUUUUAUAUGUGAAGUUAGUGAGUCCUUUUGUGUUCUUCCAAAAUAAAGGCAAUGAUUUAUUUUUUCCCAAUGCCAAUACAAUUUGAGCUAAUCACUCAAGGUGGAUACUUUACAUUUUAAAGCUGGAAUCAGCAGUAGCCCUAUGGGAAACCAGACAAAGCAUUGACUUUUAAAUGAACCAUUGUUUUCUUUUGGAGCUAGAAUUAGAAUAGUUGAUACUCAUCCACAAACCAUUAUUAUGUGUACAUUAUUGUUGCUAUUGUGAUAAUAGAGAAUUUUAUUUAUUUUUAUGCCAGCUUAUAUUGUGAGAGCUCAUUUAGUCAAUUUGGGUUUUAUCAAUCCUGUUAUGCUUGUCCUUGGACCAUCUUUCGCGUAUUCGAGGUUUGUAGUUGAAAAGUUUACUGUAAAAAAAAAAAAAUCAAAAACAAAAAAAUGUAUUGUUUUUACAGAAUAAAUUUAUUGGAAUGUGUACUGGGAGUAAGAUUUGAGGUUGUAAACAACUAAGUUAGUGUAAUUUGGCUUUCUAUAUGUAAUGUGAGGUAUUGUAAUUCGUAUAUUAAAGCAAAAAUUGUUAACAGCAAGUUGACAAGAGAA